AUGACAACCUACGGCACUAUCCCAGCUUCCUCACUCCCUUCGGCCAACCUUGAAUACCUAUCUCGAGCCAAAGAACGUAUCAAAGAUGGCCUCGGAGCUCGACGUCCAUGGAAACUCAUGUUCAACAUCCACUCCCUCAACUUCCCUCGAACCUUCUCUGAAGCCAUUUCCAGGUUUAGAGCUAACUUAGUUUACUUCCGCAUGAAUUACGCCAUAAUCGUGCUUCUUAUCCUUUUCCUCAGCCUAUUAUGGCAUCCCAUCUCCCUCAUAGUCCUCAUUAUCAUGAUGGCCCUUUGGUUGUUCUUGUACUUCCUACGGGAUGAGCCAUUGGCUAUUUUCAACCGCACGAUCGACGACCUUGUUGUGCUGGUCGUGUUGGGGGUUUCGACCUUUCUGUUCUUGCUGUUGACUGAUGCCACCAGCAAUAUCUUAGUGUCAGUUUUGAUUGGUGCAGUGGUUGUUUUGGUGCACGCUUCGUUGAGGAGGACUGACGAUUUGUAUGAUGAAGAAUCUACUGGCUUGGUGUCUGGACCUUCAUCGUCCUCAUAA